UAUCCUGUGUGAAAUGUUGCAGUCAUGAUGUCUUGUGGUUUAAGUCCCUUGAUCAUGUGCCCUGAGUUGGUGGUGGCUGUGGAUGACGGAGACACUCAGACUCUGGCAGGUGCAUCUUCAGCUGCCCUCACACUUUGGGCUCCUCGGGGAGGAGGGGCUGGAGCCCUGGCCCACCGUUAGCACAAUGAUCCUCAGGCUGCUUCUGGCUCUCAACUUCUUCCCCUCAAUUCAAGUAACAGAAAACAAGAUUUUGGUGAAGCAGUUGCCCAGGCUUGUGGUGUACAACAAUGAGGUCAACCUUAGCUGCAAGUACACUCACAACCUCUUCUCAAAGGAGUUCCGGGCAUCCCUUUAUAAGGGAGUAGAUAGUGCUGUGGAAGUCUGCGUUGUGAAUGGAAAUUACUCCCAUCAGCCUCAGUUCUACUCAAGUACAGGAUUCGACUGUGAUGGGAAAUUGGGCAACGAAACAGUGACAUUCUACCUCCGAAAUUUGUUUGUUAACCAAACGGAUAUUUACUUCUGCAAAAUUGAAGUCAUGUAUCCACCUCCUUACAUAGACAAUGAGAAGAGCAAUGGGACCAUUAUCCACGUGAAAGAGAAACAUCUUUGUCCAGCUCAGCUGUCUCCUGAAUCUUCCAAGCCAUUUUGGGCACUGGUGGUGGUUGGUGGAAUCCUAGGUUUCUAUAGCUUGCUAGCAACAGUGGCUCUUGGUGCUUGCUGGAUGAAGACCAAGAGGAGUAGGAUCCUUCAGAGUGACUAUAUGAACAUGACCCCCCGGAGGCCAGGGCCCACCCGAAGGCACUACCAACCCUACGCCCCAGCACGCGACUUUGCGGCAUACCGUUCCUGACAUGGACGCCUAUCCAGAUGCAAGCCGGCUGGCAGCGCUUCACCUGCUCAACACAACUGCUCUGGAUAGGAAAAAACUGCCUCGUCUUCAGCCGGCCACCAGCUCCCAUUAGGGGCUCCUAUUAGGCCAACGAUGCCAAUGUUUCUUGAAUGACUAGACCAAAUAACAUUAUUUUGAGGCUCUGAAAUGAAGUUAAAGAAUAUUGCUGUGGCAGGCUCUAUCUUGUAGUGCCAUGACCCAAAUUUCAACUUACCAUGUAUUUAUUGACUUGAUCAAGAGGUUACAGUAGAGAACAAAAAGCCAGUGGAUUCUGUUAGCCUUGAAAUCUGUUUUCCAUUUCACUUCUUUUUCAUCUCACUCACCUGAACACUGUGGCCAAGUGGAGUGUGAUAUGGAAGGACUUUUUAGAUGGAGAAGAAAGGUUACAAAACCAUUCCUUUUGGUUAAAGGGGGGUUUAGGGUGGGGGUAGGUAAGGGUGGGGGAGGGGGGAGACUUCAUAUUUUUAAAAUCAUUAAAACACUGUCUCUCAUUCAUGAAAUGAGCCACUAGUUCCUAUUUAAUACUUUUGGUUAAGAAAGAUAUAGACAUUGUGUUUUUUGUUUUUUUGUUUUUUUGAAUUCUGGUCAUAUUUAGUCCUUUGGACCAGUGGAAUACCUUCAAAGCAAUUUGAAGCAGUCUUGCUCUUCUUACUCCCUGCAAUGGGAAUUCAAUGUAGUAUUGACAAUAUGAUUUGAAAAGAAUAAAGCAGUCCCCCCAAACCACAGAAGAAUGUGUCAGGAAAUGAAACCACCUGAUGUCAAAAUUAUUUGAAUACUAUGAAGUGUUAUUUCUUUAGCAGAUCAUUCCAGUCACAUCAUAGAGGGGGCUUUUCUGUUCCAUAUAUUUCAGAUUUGCUGGGUUGGUCUCUUUGUUAUCUGUGCGGAAAUCUAAAGUGGGAUGCUGAAAGCGUAUCCAGAGCAGCAAUUAUACUGUGAAAAAGGGGUGUUAGUACUCAUUAGGGUAUAUGGAGGAUGAGUCCCAAGAUGCUUCUUCUAAAGGAGGAGAAUAGAAGGGAAUGAUGGGACUCUUGCCAGUGUGCUCAGGGAGUGGCUGGCAUCUGGUGGAAGAUUUCCAGAAGACAACAGGCAAAAGGAAACGUGGCAAGAACUCCUUUACAGAGACUUUAUGUGCUUUAGGGCUCAGCGCUCCAGAACUCUGUGGGUUCAGCUGUGUGUUUACCCUGGAGGUCCAAUGACAUGGAAAAGUAUUUUGGAGUAUGUCUUUUGAGUCCACAUCAAAGUUCUCAAGAUACUCAACAAAGCCUGACCCUGUAAAGCCUGACCUUGUAAUGAGCACAGAUAUUUUUCUGCCUCCAGUUUGGGUCAAAUGGAGUAUGCCUGGGGACCUUGAAGAAGAGCUUUACUGCUGCCUUUACAAUUUGUUCAGUGCCUCGAUUUAUUCAGACGUUAGAGGAGUCUAGGUUGUAGAAGCAGAUGAAAUAGAUCUUGUCCAAGUCCCAUUACUAGUUGGCCUCAGGCAAGUUGCUGACUUUCUAAGACUCUGGCUUUUCAACUAUAAAAUGGAGGUAAUGAUCAUAAUGUACUGGACCAGUGAUGUACUGCUCUGUCCCUAUACUAUAAUCUCCAUCAGGGCAUGGCCCAAAUUUGUCCUUUUUUCAUGCUUGUCCCUGAUGCUUAGUACCAUACCUGACAAAUAAUGUUAACUAUUAUUAUUAUUGCCAUAUAAAUUAUGUAUAAAGAUUAAACUGGGAAAUGCCCCAAGAAGGGGAAGAAUAUUGUAACACAAAUUUAAACCCACUACCCAGGGAUAAGGUGCUAUAAAAUUUGAGAAUCUCUUAACUUCUGCCAUUUUCCUGUUUUGGAAUAUUUUAGCUUGUAAUGAAAUGUACAGCAUUCUGCCCCCCACUUUUAUGUAUAGAAAGAAGUCUUCUUUAAUUUUUUUUUGUGUGUGUGUGAUGUGGGGAGGGAUAGGAAUCCUAUGAUUCCAGGCAGAAAAUAUUGUACUUCAGUUGACUUUGAAAUGGGCUUCCAUUCCAUGAAUAUAAUUAACCCAAAGAAGGUCAAACUCGCUAGUACUUGGGUGACAAAAACUCCUGAAUUUUUACUGGCACAUGUGCUGCAUUGCCAGCCUCUUGGCACACAGAGUUCUUUAAUCCAAGUGACUGGAUUGGAUUUGAAAAUGAUAGAGCUAGAGAAUUUUUAGAAAGGGCAAUGUCAAAACAUAAAUUUCAAAAAUGGAAAGAUUUGAUCUUUGGUAAAAAAAAUGGUUUUAUUUUCUGAUGGGAAAAAUAGGUCUACUAAAGAUGAAUCACACUUUAGAUUUCUCUUACUCACUCUGAACAGAGCCAAAGUAGAAAUGUUAACAGGGAAGUCCAUUUUCAUUAUUAGUAUGAGCCAAGAAAUGGUUUAAAAACAGUGGUUGGAGCAAUGCUUUUACAGUUUCACAUAAGGUAAUUAUGAAGAAAAUAAUGCCAUUUGCUGCUAUUAUUGUAAGAGUCUCAUAGUUAACAGUAUUUCUACAAUUUUUGAUUGUGAACUCACUUAUGUUGGACUAAGCAUGCCAGUUUAAAGAGACCAAGUGUACAUUAUGUUCUGUGUACUCAGUGGUAAAAUUACUGAACUGUCACGUACCUGUUUUUAAAUUUAUGCUUUAGUAUUUGUCUUUCAAAGCAGGUAUGCUUCAGUUUUGGCCAUGAAUCUGGAGAAAACUUGCUAUUUAAAAGUGGUGUGGGAUAAAUCUUUUAAAGUAAAUCUCCAGUUUAGCUUUUUUAAAAAAACCCAAACUUUCAGAUAGUAGUUUUAUUUCAAGCAAGGUACACUCCUGGUUUGUUUACUUGGCUUUAGUCACAAUUUCUCAUCAGACCAAUGGUUUAGAUCUUUGAGAUGUCAGGCUGUGCAUUUUGUGUGAUGUGAAUGUUCUACGCGAGACAUCAAACUUUAGUCUUGACCCCAUCAGUCCCUUGGGUUAACUAACGGAUCCACUAGUUAUCAUGGCUAAUUCAAUGGGGAUGUUGAUGGUUAAAUGGAUGUUAGAUCCCUCAUUUCAGCUUUUUGCUCUGCUGGAUAAGAGCCACAGCCCACCUGGGACUGAACCCAAAGUGUUAAAUUCAAAUACAUUCUGGAGGUUAGAGAUGGUGGCAGUGAUGGACCCAGAACUAGGGUCAUCACUGCUGUAGACCUGUAAUUGACCCAAGUCAAGGAUUGGGUCAAUCCUUGGCAAGGAUUUUCUCAAGUCCUGGGCUGAGUGACUUCUCACUCUAAGCACAUUUGAGGCUCAGGAAAUCUCACCUAGAGGUAUAUGCAUACUUUCCAACAUAUUUCUCCUCAAACAUCACAGGCAUGUUUCCAUCUCGGGGCUUUUACACAUACUCUUUCCUUUGUCUGGAAUGUUCUCUUCUGGGUAUCUAUCUGGCUUGCUCCCUCAUUUCCUUCAGGCCUCUGCUCAAAUGUUACUUUCUGCCCUAGUUAAUACGCCCACUUGCCCCACCAACCCUAUAUACUUUCCUUGCUUGCCUUGUUACCAUAGCAUUUCACCAUCUCUUAUGCAAGAUUUUUAAAAACUUAUUUAUUUGUUUAUUGUUUGUUUCCCCAAAGUAGAAUGUAAGAUUCAUGAGGGAUGGAACUUUGUCUGCUUUGUUUACUGCCAUAUCCCCAGUGCCUAGAAAAGUACCUGGAAUGAAAUGUAUAUUUAUUGAUUAAAUGAAUGAACUGCAUACACCUUAUGUAGUAAUGGUCAGCUUAAAUGUACUAAUCAUACUCUGAGAAAGAGAGAGUCAGCUCUGUUUUCUACUUUUCUAUUAAUAAGUUCAAAAAUCCAUUUUAUCAGUGAAACAGGAGGUAAAACAUAUAUAAUACACAGCCAAACUUGAUGAAAGAAAACCUGAUAGAUAGAAGUUCAUUCACAUUUUAGAAAUUUUUGUGCAGUGAUGAAAACCAAUACUGUUAGAAUCAUCUUAAAAGGUCAUGCUUAAAUAAGCCCCAGACAAGAGUAAGUUGCUUUUCCAUUGUAGUUCCCAAAUUUACUCUUAACAGAGUAUCGACCAUGUUUUAAACAUGACUUUAGACUGAGACUUCUAACACUGUUGCCUUGGUAGUUAAAAUCCCAUCUCACUAUGAACUGCUACUCAUUUCUCUCUUUUUUUUUUUUUUUUUGACCCCAGCAAAUUCUAUAAAUGCCUUGCCUGGCUAUGAUUCAAAAAGAGCUCACAGAUGAGAAUGCUGGGGAUAGAUAAUUUCAGCUUCUUUAUCUGUCAUGCUCAUAACUGAACACUCUAAUGGCUUGUAACAGUUUAAAAAUAAAAGACCAACAACAAACAAAAUAGUGGCACUUUUAGUAAAUUGAAAAUUCAAAUCAGAUAUGUUAAUCACCACACACACACACACACACACACACACACACGCACACACACACGGCUAUCAUCUUGCAGGUAGGGGAAGGCCCUUGAAAAAGAGACACAGAGCUUGUCUGAUAAUUUACAUAGCGGCUCCUAUUUAUUUAAUUGCAAACUCUUCUUUGAAGGUGGCCUGAAGUUAGAUAGGUGUACCAUGAGUUCUUCUCCAAAGUGACUCUUCCUUGUUGAAGUGGAGCUCAUUAAAUUUAAUAAAGGUAAACUUGAAAAAGAUGAGUUUAUAUGCAUCCUCCUACUCCAAAAAACCCUGAACUUAGCUAAUCACUCAUGAAUUCAAUUGGACAAACCAAUUCAAUCAGAAAGGGACAAGACUGGUAAAAACCAGCCAUUAAAUGUAUCUGCUCAAUAAGUGCUCCUUUAUUGGGCUAAUAAAAAUAGUGUAACCUAGUUAUGUAAAAAGGUUCUAGCACCUUGAAACCCAAGUUCAAAGUGAAAUCAAAUGCAAACUUAAUAACUUUACCUAACAGAUCUCCCACCAUGUUCUAACUACAUAACUAUUGAAUGAUAUAAUUGCUCACAGCCCUGAAUUACCUUUUUUUCUCUAGUCUGAUAAAAAAUAUGGAUUUUUUUUUAAGCAGUAUUCUUUCUCCUCUCUCAUCUUGCCUGUAACAGAGAUAAUGGAUGAGUGAGAAAAAUCAAAGAAACUUCUAGAUCCAUCAUAAUGGAGGCCAAACCACCACACCAGCAGCAGCAACUGGAAUGGUCUGAGAGUCAUUACCAGACCCUUGUUUGGUAACUUAUUUGUGUCUCCUAAGUUGAGGCACUGCCUCACUCUUGACUUUUUGUCAGUGGUACUCAGAAGUUUGGUUCUUAAGGAACAAAUCUGCAUGGGUGGAUCCUCGACUGUCUCUGAUGGCAUCCCAAAUGAAUGGAUGCUUUCCCUUCGAAGAUUCACAGGCUCUCACAACUUAGAAACCCAGACCACUGUCCAGAGCAGAAUGUAGUACACUUUUGCGGUAUUUCUUUUGUUCUUUUCAGGGUGUGUGGACACUUGGGCUCCAUACUUGAAAAAUGCUCGGGAUGAAAUACAGGUGAUCCAAGAAUAUUUUGUCUUUUCUAAGCUGACCUCAUUAUUGAGACUACUCAAAAGGCCAGAAUGUAUGCUUUCCAAAGACCAGCUUCGUAUCCUGUUUGCCUGAUUAAAUUGUGAAAGGUGUUGGAGUGCCAGGAAUUCAAGGGGACGAAAAGUCACAGAAGGGUGAAUUUAUCCUAGAGUAGGGGUGGACUAGAUUCUCCUUACAUUGCAUCUUGAUAGUGCUGUCUUGAUGACAGAUUUAAACACUCCUCUGGCUCCAAAGAACAAGUUGUGAGAGCUGGGUGGAAAUGUCAGUUGAAACAGAAGAGCAGCAAACAGCUUUGUUUUCCUAUAGUUGUGGUUUUACUUGGUGAUGAUGACACAUGAAGAUGAAAAUGUGCAGCAUGAACUCCAGUUGUUAUCUGAGUGAGCAUCUCUGCCAACACUGAAGGAUAUGUGUGGGUGUCACCUGCAAGCAAAGAGAGAGAGAAAGAAAAAGAGGCCCUGUUUCGGAAAGAAGAGCCAGUUAAUCAAAGAUCAACAAGUGGUGAUGUUUAUUUCAUGAGCUUUAUCUUUGAUUUCCUUCCCCUCGUUAAUCUUCAAGUCUCAAUUUUGUCUCUGGACUAAAUAUAUAAGUGUCUGGUGAUUGAGGAAGGGGUGGAAAGGUGGACUUGAAUGGGGAUCAUGGCCAUUACUAUAGUCAUUUGGUCAUUUUUUCGUCUCCUGGGCACAGAUUAACAAUUGAUACGUUAGCUUCUAAAUGGUAUGUUAGCUUCUAACUUUUGAGAACCUGUGGCAUAUUAUGCAAGGAUAGACAAACUUGAGAUUGCUGUUGGGGACCCUUUUUCACUCCCAACCCUGUGCAACUCUUGUUUCACUUGUUUUAUGCUUCUUCCUCCUUCCUUCCUAUUCAUUCGUUCAAUAACUAUUCAACGAGCACCUGCUCAGCUCUAAGAAAUGGGGUAGAUACUGGGUAUGUGGCAGUGAGCAACACGGACAUUAUUAUCUCCACACUUACUAAAUGUAAAAGGUAGACUUUAUAUAGCCCUUUUCCUUCUUCUUUAAACAUGCUCCUCCUCUUGGUAACCAUUUAGUCUUAAUUAUGGGCUCAGACCUUCAUGUGGCUGUUUGAUAACCUCUGUUCUGUUGGUUUGCCUGAAAUCUAUUUCUUUGAGACGUUCUUAUUUAACAUUUCUAGCACCUUUAAUGUCUUAGAUGAGGUAUUGAUAAACUUUUUCUGGAAAGGGCCAGAUAGUAAAUAUUUUAGGCUUUGCAACCACAUGGUCUCUUGCAGCUAUUCAACUCUGCCACUGUAGUGCAAAAGCAGCCAUAGACAAUAUGUAAACAAAUGAGCAUGUCUGCAUUCCAAUAAACCUUUAUUUGUAGACAUUGAUACUUGAAUAUCAUGUAACUUUCAUAUGUUACACAAUAUGAGUAUUCUUUUGAUUUUUUUUCCCAACCACAUAUACAUGUAAAAUCCAUUCUUAGCUCAUGGGCUGUUCAAAAGCAGGCUGUGGGCUGCAUUUGGCCUGCAGGCUGCAGUUUGCUGACUUAGACCCACGCCACAAUUUUAGUUACAAUUAUGUCUUUGAGUUCCAGUCACCAUCUGCAUUUUUAGGGCUGGAAGCAAUCAGUUUGGAUGUGUAAAAAGGCUUCUUGGAAGUGGUGAAUGUUAAGCAUCUGUUUUGAAAGAAGGACAUGGAUCAUGCAAGAAGGAAGAAGAAACUUCGUCUGAGGGAAAGUCAUUUUAGGUAGAAGAAAUGGGAAAUUAAAAGUAAAGAUGAGGAGAAGCUGUUUGAAUGAUGAUGCAGUCCCCUGUACAUUAUUGCUAAAAGCCUAAAAAUCUUAGGAAUUGUGGUUACUCUUCUCUCAAGUCCAGUUUGCCUUUUCUCCUCUUUUCUAAGCAUCAAAUCCUUUUAAUCUCCAAAGAAACAAAGCAAAUUUUGAGUCACAGCAGGUAGGGCCAAAAAAUAUGGCUUUGUUUAGUGUAAUGAACAGGACCACUUUCACGGUGAACUCUUCUACACGUAGCACAAUCUAAUCCAACAUGGGGUAGGUGCAGCAGAGAUCAGAAGCAGCUGUCUCAGAAUUGGCCCCCUACUUUCUGCCCAUAAUCCAUGAUUUCAAUCUGCACUUGGCUGCCAUUUUGUAGGGGACCAAGAGUGACCACCCCCUGGAAUCCAAACUUUCACAGGGAAGUGGUAAAAUCAGUUUUACUUACAUAAGAAGGACACUGACCUGGCCCUUACCAUUCUCUCAUCUCCAUUCAUGUCUCUUGUCUACAGCUGCUGGUUACACCCAAGGUACGAACAGUCUCUGGAAGCAGUCCAGCAUAUGUGGGCACCCCAAGUCAUACACCCAUCUGGGCAAUUUAAAAAUAGAGCCAAAUGUAACAUUUAGUCUGAUCUGUCCAGCCAAGAUGAGGAAAUUGCCUCUAAAAGGUCAGAUGAUUAAGAUCAUUGUGCCAAUAGUCUAGCAUGUCAGUAAUGAAUAAAGAUUCUGGCAGAAUGAAUUUAUCCUGACUUUGUAUAUGGCAUUCAAGUUCUGGGUCUACAUGAACAGCCUCAGGAAUUCCAAGAUUUUUCUUUUCCGUCAUGUAGGCCCACUGUGUAUAUUUAUGUGUUGUGUGCCCUGCACAGGGCCCCUAGCCAAAGGGGGUGGAGGGGGCUGAAAUCCCUUUGGAUCCCCUUAAGCUACUCCCCUGCAAGAGCUAUGUCCACCUGCAGAGAGUGCCUUUCUCUACUGCCCACACAUAUGGACUGCUGAGGUCCUGACAGAAUGCUUGCCUUUCUGCUACUUGGUGACUGAAUUCCUUAUAGAAUAAAUUAGGUCCUCAUUCUCAAAACAGGAAUUAUCUAGGAUGAGCAAGAGUUAAAAAUCAACCAAAAAAGUGGAAUUGUUCUUAAUACCAUAAAAAUUUCUCUCUUGGGUCCCUUCUUUAUUCUUUUCUGCACUAUUUAUUUAUUUAUUUAUUUUUCUGCACAAUUUAAUUCAGUUGGGUGGUUUUCUCUGAAAUACUUCUUGGUGGGGGGAGGGUGGUUUAGGAGUAAUGUGAGAAGAAACUUCCUGGCUCAGAUCUCAGAGGAAAAAAACCUGUGCCCUGGAGAACACCAGGUUUGGAGUUCUUUCCUGGGCUGUCCUUGGAACUUUUCUGUUAAUGGCAGAAUGUAUUCUUAUUUUGUAGUUCUCAGUACAUGAGGGGCUUGGACUUCAAGUCUGAUAUCUAUAAUAGGUAUGGUAUAAUCAUAUUCCCGAUUAUAACUCUGCCAAAAUAAUCAUCCCCAAAUAAAUUCAUUGCUUUGGGUUUUUGUCCAUCACCACAUUCCUAUUUUA